AUGGCAACUUGUAAGGAAUUUGGUGAUGUUGUGACAUUUAACAUAACAUACUUGGUAAACAAGUAUGACAUGUCUUUUGCUCCAUUUGUAGGCGUCAAUCAUCAUGGUCAGUCGAUAUUAUUAGGAUGUGGACUCAUAUCUCAUGAAGACACCAAGUCAUUCUCGUGGUUAUUUAAGACUUGGAUGACAUGCAUGUGGGGUUGUGCUCCCAAAGCGAUUAUUACCGAUCAAUGUAUGACUAUGAAGAAUGCUAUAGAAGACAUAUUUCCCAAAACCCGACACCGGUGGUGCAUAUGGCACAUCUUGAAAAAGGUGCUAGAAAAGUUGGAAAAGUACGACACAUAUAAAUCAAUUUCACCUUGGUUGCAAAGUGUGGUUUAUGAUUCACUUACAAAAGAUGAAUUUGAGGAUACUUGGGAGAUGUUCAUCAAAAAGUACGAACUUCGAGAUAAUGAAUGGUUACAUGAGUUGUACUUAGAGAGGAACCGAUGGGUGCCAGCUUUUGUGAAAGAUGUAUUUUUGGCAGGAAUGUCAUCCAUACAAAGAAAUGAGAGUAUGAAUUCUUAUUUUGACAGUUAUAUCAAUUCGAAAACCACAUUGAAGCAAUUUGUAGAGCAAUAUGAAAAUGCAUUGGUGAGAAAUGUGGACAAUGAAAAAAAUGAAGAUACGAAAAGUUCUCAAUCUUACAUCCCAUGCAUAAUUGAAGAUGGUAUAGAGAAUCAAUUUCAAAAUACUUACACGAAUGCGAAGGCGAAAGAGUUUCAAGUGUUCCAUGAUAAGGGAAUUCAAAGAGUACCUAACAAGUAUGUCUUGAGAAGAUGGAGAAAAGAUGUGAAAUGGUUCCACACCAAAAUUCGAAUCAAUUAUGAUAACUCGUCAAGGACAAUUGAAGCACGUCGGUAUGACAACAUGUGCAAUCUUUUUAAUUAG